UUGAACAAUAUGCAGAUUUUUGUGAAGACUUUGACGGGCAAGACCAUUACUUUGGAGGUGGAACCUUCAGACACAAUUGAGAAUGUGAAGGCUAAAAUCCAGGACAAGGAAGGCAUUCCACCAGAUCAGCAAAGGUUGAUCUUUGCUGGUAAACAGCUGGAAGAUGGGCGCACACUCUCUGAUUACAACAUUCAGAAAGAGUCUACACUUCACUUAGUGCUCCGUUUAAGAGGUGGUAUGCAGAUCUUUGUCAAGACCUUGACAGGCAAGACUAUCACGUUGGAAGUAGAGCCUUCUGAUACAAUUGAGAAUGUGAAGGCUAAAAUCCAGGACAAGGAAGGCAUUCCCCCAGACCAGCAGAGACUUAUUUUUGCUGGCAAACAGCUGGAAGAUGGGCGCACACUCUCUGAUUACAACAUUCAGAAAGAGUCUACACUUCACUUAGUGCUGCGUUUGAGGGGAGGCAUGCAAAUUUUUGUCAAGACCUUGACUGGCAAGACUAUCACAUUAGAAGUGGAACCUUCAGAUACAAUCGAGAAUGUGAAGGCUAAAAUCCAAGACAAGGAAGGCAUUCCCCCAGAUCAGCAGAGGUUGAUCUUUGCGGGCAAACAGCUUGAAGAUGGACGCACACUGUCUGACUACAACAUUCAAAAAGAAUCCACGCUUCACUUGGUGCUCCGUUUAAGAGGUGGCAUGCAGAUCUUUGUGAAGACCUUGACUGGCAAGACUAUCACAUUAGAGGUGGAACCUUCAGACACAAUUGAGAAUGUCAAGGCUAAAAUCCAAGACAAGGAAGGCAUUCCCCCAGAUCAGCAGAGGUUGAUUUUUGCAGGAAAACAGCUCGAAGAUGGACGCACACUCUCAGAUUACAACAUUCAGAAAGAAUCCACCCUCCACUUGGUAUUACGUCUGAGAGGUGGUAUGCAAAUCUUCGUUAAAACUUUGACAGGGAAGACCAUCACAUUGGAGGUGGAGCCUUCAGACACUAUUGAGAAUGUGAAGGCUAAAAUUCAAGACAAAGAAGGCAUUCCUCCAGACCAGCAGCGUCUUAUCUUUGCUGGCAAACAACUAGAAGAUGGUCGCACUCUUUCUGACUACAAUAUCCAAAAAGAAUCAACCCUUCAUUUAGUAUUACGUCUCAGAGGUGGAAUGCAGAUCUUUGUGAAGACCUUGACAGGAAAGACUAUCACUUUGGAAGUUGAGCCUUCUGACACAAUUGAGAAUGUGAAGGCCAAAAUCCAGGACAAGGAAGGCAUUCCUCCAGACCAGCAAAGGUUGAUUUUUGCUGGUAAACAGCUUGAAGAUGGACGCACACUAUCUGAUUACAACAUUCAGAAGGAAUCAACUCUUCAUUUAGUAUUACGUCUGAGAGGAGGUAUGCAAAUUUUUGUAAAGACAUUAACGGGCAAGACCAUAACUUUGGAAGUUGAGCCAUCGGACACAAUUGAAAAUGUAAAAGCUAAAAUUCAGGACAAGGAAGGCAUUCCUCCAGACCAGCAGAGGUUGAUUUUUGCUGGCAAACAGCUUGAAGAUGGACGCACACUGUCUGACUACAACAUUCAAAAAGAAUCAACACUUCACUUGGUGCUCCGUUUAAGAGGUGGCAUGCAGAUCUUUGUCAAAACCUUGACAGGUAAGACCAUUACAUUAGAGGUGGAGCCUUCGGACACAAUUGAGAAUGUGAAGGCCAAAAUCCAGGACAAGGAAGGCAUCCCUCCAGACCAACAAAGAUUGAUCUUUGCUGGCAAACAACUAGAAGAUGGACGCACACUCUCAGAUUAUAAUAUUCAAAAAGAAUCAACCCUUCAUUUAGUAUUGCGUCUGAGAGGAGGUAUGCAGAUCUUUGUGAAAACCUUGACAGGAAAGACAAUAACUCUAGAAGUUGAACCAUCAGACACAAUUGAGAAUGUGAAAGCUAAAAUUCAGGACAAAGAAGGCAUCCCCCCAGAUCAGCAGAGGUUGAUCUUUGCUGGCAAACAACUAGAAGAUGGACGCACCCUCUCAGAUUACAAUAUCCAAAAAGAAUCUACCCUUCAUUUAGUAUUACGUCUCAGAGGUGGAAUGCAGAUCUUUGUGAAGACCUUGACAGGAAAGACCAUCACUUUGGAAGUUGAGCCUUCUGACACAAUUGAGAAUGUAAAGGCAAAAAUUCAAGAUAAAGAAGGCAUUCCUCCAGACCAACAGCGUCUUAUCUUUGCUGGCAAACAACUAGAAGAUGGGCGCACUCUUUCAGACUACAAUAUUCAGAAAGAGUCCACACUCCACCUCGUGCUUCGACUUCGUGGAGGCAUGUAA